GCAAAGAGCGUAGACUCAGUGUUAUUAAUGAAAGCUUGGUUUUGGAUUCUUGGCUGGUCUCUUUCCAUUCUGACCAUAACUGGGAAUGGAUUUAUUAUCUUUCUUGUUUGGUGCAAGCGACAGCUUCGCACUAAGACCAACGCGUUUAUUGUUUCACUUGCAGUGGCGGACUUCUGUGUUGGGAUGAGCGCAGUACCCUUGAUGUUUGCGUGCGAAGCUGUAACUGCCUGCAGUGAUUCACCUAUUUUUCGGGCUGUAAAGGCGUCAAAGUUUCUGUUUCCGUACGCAUCUGUAACAAACCUCUGCAUUUUAGUCCUGGAUCGCUACAUUGCUGUUGUGAAACCUUUGAAAUACUUGACUUUUAUGUCACGUCGCCGAGUCAUUCAAAUGGUUUCCGUAUCCUGGGCGAUUCCUUUCGCCCUGGGCAUUGGUUCGGCUCUUAGCAGUGUUGGUUUUAAAUCAUUUGCCUCUACGAUGUUCACUUGUGUCCUUUUGUUAUUAGAGGUUUUACCAAGUUUGAUUUUAAUAUUUUGCUUCUUAUCCAUGUUACAGGUUGUAUUUAAACAUAAUCGAGCCGCUCGUGUUUUAGCAAAACAGUUACGCUUUAACCAUCAGGUUUUCUUCAAAACUCAGGAAAAGUCUGCCAUUUUAAUGAUGGGGAUUGUAAUAAGUUUGUUUCUUGUGUGUUACGGGAUUUUUCUACGCUGUUCCUUAAUUUAUGUUUUCGAUGUUCAAUCAUUAUGUAAUGAUACUGACUACAAAAUCCCUAUUUUAGUAUUAAACUCUGCCAUCAACCCUUUUGCGUAUUCGUUUUUCAAGAGAGACAUUAACAAAGAGGUAAAGGGACGAAUUUGUUGUGCCACAUCGCCACAGCGGAACAGGAUCCAUCCUUUUAAAGAGAGAAGUUUUUCACUGGCCCCAGUUAAGAGAUCAAGUUGAGUGAUUAGCCAUCAGAAUGAUUGCGUUUUUAUAGAAGGAAAAGAAACUUAGUUGUUCGGGACAUUCUAACUAUAA